AUGGAUUUGGCUUCCUACACCUGCCAAGUCAUAUCCGCGCUCGGAUCCACGAGCUUGCAAUUUUCGACCACAAUCGAGGAGCGGUCUUCUCGUCUCGUGCCAUCCCAUGCAAGUGACAGCCGAUUAUCAACGACGCCGUUACGCUGCGAGCCUGAAUCCUUUUCGGCUCUUGAAUCUGCCUCCUCUGGCCGCUGGGUUGGUGAAGAAGGCCUUGACAGGGCCUUUUUAGCCUCUACGAUCUCUCUCGGUCUCAGUUUAGGCGACAUCAAGUCUAUGGUCGGUAACGAAAUUCUCGCUUCUCUAGACGCAGCGGACAAUGCUGAUGUUGACGAUGAGAACGCAUCAAUCGUCGGAACACCACUCGGCAUUGCAAGCUCUAAGCAUUUGUCUGAGCUUACUGGUGUCUCUCACCUUGGUACAUCGAAGCUUGGAUGGCAGCUUCGCUCGUCAAAUGACUACACGGCCCUACCCGAAGACUACGACGAGCAUGAGCGUCCCAGAAACCGAGGGAGAAGACCGAAGCGAGACCAGUAG